CCUAGAACUCGUUGCGCUCUAGUAGACCACAAAGUAGGAACGUGGUUUUGAUAUUUAAACAGUUAAUGCUGCGCUAGAAUCACACCAACAUCACCCAACUCCUGCAUCUCAAUUACAUUGCCAGACACGCAAAACAGCGGAACCUCACGAUGACUCGCAUAGGUGUAAUCUUCGUUCCUCCAAUGCAGCUCAUCGAUGUUGCCCCUGUAGAGCUUUUUUCCAUGAUGGAGAAAGCCUACAUCCAAGCAAACGGUCUUCCACAGGACAUCGUUGAUAUCGCGCUUCCCAAUCAUAGCAUCAAGAUUGCCUUCAUUUCCCAGUUGGGGCCUGAUACAACGGCACAAACGAUUCCAGGCCUUGGUCUUGCCGCUACUCAUACUAUUUAUGAUUCCGAAGUUGCCCCUGGGAAUCUAGAUAUCCUACUCAUUCCCGGUACAGAUCCGAGCGCCGUCCUGGAUGAGGCGAUACUUGCAUUUGUACGAUCUCAUGUGGCAGACGGGGUCGACCUUCUAGCUAUUUGCACUGGAGUCUUUGUAGCUGCCCAAGCUGGCGUGCUUAACGACAGAAUUGCCACUGGACCGCGCGGAAUGCUUGAUCGGUUGAGCAGAGCAUUUCCGAAAGUAAAAUGGCAGGACAAGCGAUAUGUCACGGAUGGGAACAUUUGGACCUGUAGUGUGAUCACGAACGGGAUGGAUAUGACUGCUACCUACAUCAGCGCCAAGUGGCCUGAUUUGCUCGCGAACACAGUCAUCACUUUAGCAGACAUUUACAUUAGGUCUGCCGAAUACGAAGCUCCGAGGAUAGCAUUUGAUCAGAUGACUUUUCUCUAGUGCUUCAUAGACUUUGUGGACAUUAUGGAUACCUAGUGCACAGAGAGACUAAAUCGCACCCUAAACUUGGAAACGAGAUUUCUCUAUCUCUGCAGAUGGUGUUGGAUUUUCGUCGAUGUUGCUUCCAAUGUCGAGUGUAGAAUAAGGGAUGACUGGCUUAGAUAAGCCUUAUAGCGACACGUAACAGCUUGGCAUAUAUUCUUUAGCUCC